AUGCCGAGGAGAAAAUACGUGAAGACGGAAAAAGAUUAUAUUGAUGACAAGCCUGAAGUCGAACCGAUGCCGAUGUCGAAGAAAAUCACGUGGUUUGUGUUUGCAGUGAGUGUAGUUCCGAUCUUAUUUUUUGUCCCGACGUUGCUGUCGAAUAUAGCGCCGUUUGUGUCCGAACAUAUUGAAUGGUUUUAUGGGUUGUGGGUGAUCUACGGGAUCAUUUUUUUAGUCAUGAAAUUGUUUUAUUUGAAGAAUCACAAUUGGGACUCGUUCUUGUCGAUGUUAUGUAUUGCAGCGAUCAUCGGGAUGGGUCUGUAUCGGUUCUUAAACUUCGAUAAACACUUUGAGAACAAAUACAAACGAAUUGGAUUCUAUUUGUGGCUCGCCGUAUGUGCCGUGUUGGCUAUUGUCUUCUUCUUGAUAGACACAACGGACUACUACAAGGUUCUCGAACACGAACAACAGAUGCAAGAGGCAGACCAGAAACGAGCGGAAAAGAUCCAUCAGAAAUAUGUCCAACGAAGAGAGAAAGACCCUCCUUUCUGGAUGAAGACAAAAACACGAAAAACGAUCUGUGAUACUAUAGUCAUCGCUAUCUUCAUUGUACUCGUCAUCGGUGUGGCAGUGUUCUUUGUUCGGAAAUAUAAUCAAUUCCAAUACAGAGUGAAAAGAGGACUUGAUGUGAAUGAAUACGGCGAUUACUAUGGGUACGAAGGGUAUACCGGAGAUGAAUUCAACCCUCAAGACUUCAUUAAAGACGACGAUUUAAAGGAUGACAACUUCGAUCAACAAGAAGAACAUCAAGAAGGUCAGUUUAAGGAUGAAAUAUAA